UCUCGGGAGGAGAAUGAUGGGUGGGUAACAUUUCUUGACGGUGAGAAGGGUUAUCUGGAAUGAUACGGUUUGGGAAGGAGGUUCGAUUACUGUAGCUCUUAGGCUGGGCCCCAGGAUAGAGCCAGAAAUACAGAUAAAAAAAUUUGCUCAACUGGGUUCCUGGGAGACUACCACCACCGGUCGGAAGACCCCGGUCGUAUGUCUCUGGAAGACUAGGAGGGACCGGGAUUCUGACGCGAGGCCUGCUGGGAGGUGUAGUUCGUUAAUAGAGGGAAGUCACGUGGGGAAGGGGCGGUACUUGGCGACCGAGACUUAGUUAGAGGUGUCACGUGGAGCACUUCCUUCUUUGCCUUUGACCGAGACGCAGGCGCAGCCCUCCUGCUGCUGCGGGGAUCCUUGUGACCCUUCCGGUGUGUAAAGCCAAUCCGUGCACAGAGAAGCGGGGCGGACCGAGAGGAGCGGAGGGAGCUCUGAGAGCCACUGCCGCCGCCACUGCCGCGGCAGGGGCGUGGAGGGCAGGGGGCGGCCCAAGCCGAAGUUGCAAACAUGGCUCAAAGCAGAGACGGUGGAAACCCCUUCGCCGAGCCCGGCGAGCUUGACAACCCCUUUCAGGACCCAGCUGUGAUCCAGCACCGACCCAGCACGCACCAUGCCACGCUUGACGUCUACAACCCUUUUGAAACCCGGGAGCCACCACCAAGCUAUGAGCCUCCUGCCCCUGUUCCGAUAGCUCCACCCUCAGCUCCCCCUUUGCAGUCUUCAAGAAAGCUCAGCCCCACAGAACCCAAGAACUAUGGCUCCUACAGCACCCAGGCUUCAGCUGCAGCAGCCACAGCUGAGCUGCUAAAGAAGCAGGAGGAGCUCAACCGGAAGGCAGAGGAGUUGGACCGGAGGGAGCGAGAACUCCAGCAUGCUGCCCUCGGGGGCACAGCUACUCGACAGAACAAUUGGCCCCCUCUACCUUCUUUUUGCCCAGUUCAGCCCUGCUUUUUCCAGGAUAUCUCCAUGGAGAUCCCCCAAGAAUUUCAGAAGACAGUAUCCACCAUGUACUACCUCUGGAUGUGCAGCACUCUGGCUCUUCUCCUGAAUUUUCUUGCCUGCCUGGCCAGCUUCUGUGUGGAGACCAGCAAUGGCUCAGGCUUUGGGCUCUCUAUCCUCUGGAUCCUCCUUUUCACCCCCUGCUCCUUCAUCUGUUGGUACCGCCCCAUGUAUAAGGCUUUCCGGAGUGACAGUUCAUUCAAUUUCUUCGUUUUCUUCUUCAUUUUCUUCGUCCAGGAUGUUCUGUUUGUCCUCCAGGCUAUUGGCAUCCCAGGUUGGGGGUUCAGUGGCUGGAUCUCUGCUCUGGUGGUGCUGAAGGCCAACACAGCUGUAGCUGUGCUCAUGCUGCUGGUUGCCCUGUUCUUCACUGGCAUUGCCGUGCUGGGAAUUGUGAUGCUAAAGCGGAUCCACUCCUUGUACCGCCGCACAGGUGCCAGCUUUCAGAAAGCCCAGCAAGAAUUUGCAGCUGGUGUCUUCUCCAACCCUGCGGUGCGAACCGCAGCCGCCAAUGCAGCCGCUGGGGCUGCCGAAAAUGCCUUCCGGGCACCGUGACCCCUAACUGGGAUGCCCUGGCCCUGCCACUUAGGGGAGGUGACCUAGCCCCCAUCCCUGAGGUCUCUGGGACUUGAUGAGACGUCACUACCUGAUGUCUUCACUAUAGUGCCCCCAGUCCCACAGCCAUGACUGCUGAACCUGACUUAAGGGUGUGGGGAGCCCAGUGUGACCCAGUCACUGCUUCCCUCCCACUCCCCUUCCCCCAAUCAGGCCACACUGCUGCCACCUCUACACACCCCAACCCAGAUUCCUUCUGCUGUGCCAAGGCUGUUGCUUCGGUUAUUUAAAUAAAAAGAAAGUGGAACUGGAACACAAA